UCUGCUGGGCUUCAGUGGGUUAGGAGGACCCGGGUGAGAGCAGCUAGAGAGCUGGAGCUAGGGCUGGGCUGGUGUGAAGUUUCUUCAGAGUUCUUAGAGUUAUUGAGAGUUCUUAGAGUUAUUGAGAGUUCUUAGAGUUAUUGAGAGUUAUUGAGUUCUAAGAGAGUUCUUGAGUUCUAAGAGAGUUCUUGAGUUCUUAGAGAGUUCUUGAGUUCUAAGAGAGUUAUUGAGUUCUUAGAGAGUUCUUGAGUUCUAAGAGAGUUCUUGAGUUCUUAGAGAGUUCUUGAGUUCUAAGAGAGUUCUUGAGUUCUAAGAGAGUUCUUGAGUUCUUGAGUUCUUCUUUACUAGUAGUUGGGUGUUGGGUUACUCUUGUGCUCCUCUUGAAGUUUCGACUGGUUACUCUUCAACUCAGGGCCCACAAAGCUUGGAUUGAGAAGACGUUUCAGAAAAGAGAGUGUAUCCAAAUAUUUCCCAGCAAAGAACCCAACAGGUGCAGUUGUGGUCAGGUAGUGAACCAGCAUGUGGCCGUCAUCCCAGGGGCGACCACUAGGGUGGCGGAAGAGGCAGGUCAGAUCGGUCAGGGGGCGGUGCCCAUGGAACGCUGGUCCGUGCUUAAACACACACGGGCCACGCCCACAGACACAUACGGCAUCAUGGAGUUUCAGGGAGGAGGACAUGUCAACAAGGCCAUGUACAUCCGCGUGGCGUAUGAUUCCAAGCCAGACAACAUGCUCCACCUGAUGGUGAAAGACUGGCAGCUGGAGCUCCCCACCCUGCUCAUCUCCGUCCGGGGACUGCAGAACUUUGACUUGCAGCCCAAACUAAAACAGGUGUUUGGAAAGGGUCUGAUCCAGGCUGCAGUCACCACCGGGGCCUGGAUACUCACUGGCGGAGUCAGCACUGGGGUGAUCCGGCAUGUAGGAGAUGCAUUGAAGGACCACUCCUCAAAGUCCAGGGGGAAAGUGUGUGCCAUCGGGAUCGCUCCAUGGGGCAUCGUGGAGAACAAGGAGGAUCUGAUAGGAAGAGACGUGACACGUCCGUACCAGGCCAUGUCCAACCCCAUGUCCAAGCUGUCUGUCCUCAACAACAGCCACUCCCACUUCAUCCUAGCAGAUAACGGGACCCGGGGAAAGUACGGCGCGGAGGUCCGUCUUCGCCGUCAGCUGGAGAAACACAUCUCCCUGCAGAAGAUCAACACACGUCUGGGUCAGGGGGUGCCUCUGGUCUGUCUGAUCCUGGAGGGGGGUCCCAACGUCAUCUCCAUAGUCCUGGAGAGCCUGAGGGAGGACCCCCCUGUCCCGGUGGUGGUCUGUGACGGCAGUGGACGGGCCUCUGACAUCAUCUCCUUCGCACACAGAUACUCUGAGGACGACGGCUUGGUCAGUGAUAGCGUGAAGGACCAGCUCCUGGUCACCAUCCAGAAGACGUUUAACUACAACCGCGGUCAAGCCCAGCAGAUCUUCCUCAUGGUGAUGGAAUGUAUGAAGAAACGAUCUCUGGUGAGUAGGGAAGACAUUAUUAUACAGGAUAUGUUCCCAUAAACUACAUUAGCAUAACACUAAGAAUUCCUCUCCAAUGCAUUGGACAGGAAUUCUAAGUGUUAUGCUAAUAAUGCUAACGAAUUCCUCUCCAAUGCAUUGGACAGGAAUUCUAAGUGUUAUGCUAAUAAUGCUAACGAAUUCCUCUCCAAUGCAUUGGACAGGAAUUCUAAGUGUUAUGCUAAUAAUGCUAAUGAAUUCCUCUCCAAUGCAUUGGACAGGAAUUCUAAGUGUUAUGCUAAUAAUGCACGAAUUCCUCUCCAAUGCAUUGGACAGGAAUUCUAAGUGUUAUGCUAAUAAUGCUAACGAAUUCCUCUCCAAUGCAUUGGACAGGAAUUCUAAGUGUUAUGCUAAUAAUGCUAACGAAUUCCUCUCCAAUGCAUUGGACAGGAAUUCUAAGUGUUAUGCUAAUAAUGCUAACGAAUUCCUCUCCAAUGCAUUGGACAGGAAUUCUAAGUGUUAUGCUAAUAAUGCUAACGAAUUCCUCUCCAAUGCAUUGGACAGGAAUUCUAAGUGUUAUGCUAAUAAUGCUAACGAAUUCCUCUCCAAUGCAUUGGACAGGAAUUCUAAGUGUUAUGCUAAUAAUGCUAACGAAUUCCUCUCCAAUGCAUUGGACAGGAAUUCUAAGUGUUAUGCUAAUAAUGCUAACGAAUUCCUCUCCAAUGCAUUGAGUGCGUCAUAAGUGACGGUUUUAGUAUCUAGACAAUUUGGUAGUUAAAAUAUAUAUUUUUUAAGCCUUACGUACAUUUUAGAAACACUUUUUUUUUUACCACAUACUGUAAGUAAAAACCUAAUGUAUUCAAAAAUAUAUUCAAACAUUAAAGAUUAUAAUUUGUGAUGAAAGUAAAGCGACAUUUUAAUAAUUGAAUUGUUUUAUGUUAUUUGAUGCAUCAAUAAAACCGUCCCAUUCA